CAUUGUGUAAGGCUGCAACAGAAUUUAGGAAAUGGAGGCCCCAAAACGUUUGCCUAUGGCUAGGAUUGGAACUGGAUCCAAAGGACAGAGCACACCGCUAUUAUCUAACCAUUGUAGUGUUACUGUAUCCAAGAAUGAUGGCUACUUCUGCCAUUAUAAUGUCGCUAUGAGUUAUGAUGGAGAUAGGGACUCUGUUCAAGUCAAGGGUAUAGGGAGAAAGGUCUUAGACGAAGUUUGCAAGAUAUAUGGUGAACUGAAAAACUUAAAUUUUGCAUAUGAUGGGGAAAAAAAUUUAUUCACUGUUGGUUCUUUAUCAAAAAAUAGGCUUGACUUCACUGUUGUGUUGGAGGAAGUUUCAUCGAGGGUUGGAAGGAAUAGAAACCCUGACCUGAUUCUUCUUGAAGGAGAUGCAAAAAGAAAGAGGCGUCAAUCUCGGUCCAAAACUAUCAAAGUGGAACUCAAUUAUGUAACCAAAAUUCCAAUGAAAGCAAUUGCAGAUGCAUUGCGUGGUCUGGAAUCUGAGAACUUUCAGGAAGCACUUAGAGUUCUGGACAUCAUACUGAGACAACAUGCUUCAAACAGGGACUGCCUUCUUGUCCGUCAAUCUUUCUUUCAUAACUAUCCAAGGAAUCGUAUUGAUAUAGGAGGUGGUGUGCAAGCUUGCCGUGGUUUUCAUUCAAGCUUUCGAGCUACACAAGGAGGUUUAACUCUCAACAUUGAUGUGUCAAAUACAAUAAUAUUAGAGACUGGCCCUGUGUUGGAGUUCCUUAUCAAGAAUCAGAAUGUUAAUAAUGCAUACAGAAUUGAUUGGAACAAGGCGAAAAGAAUGUUGAAGAAUCUAAGAAUCCAGGCUAAUGGUAUUGAGUUCAAAAUCACUGGACUUAGUGAUAACACUUGCAGGAACCAGAGAUUUCUAUUAAGGCAAAAGAAUGGGAAUGGUGAAGUGCAAGAAAGUGAAAUCACGGUUUAUGACUACUUUGCUCGCCAUAAAAUGAUUAUCCCGAAGCAAUCUGCUGAUAUGCCAUGUAUCAAUGUUGGCAAACCAAAACGCCCGUGUUAUUUUCCAAUAGAGCUAUGUGAAUUGGUCUCGUUGCAGCGGUACACUAAGGCACUAACAAAUUUGCAAAGAACUCAGCUAGUGACUGCGACAAGGCAAUUACCCGAGGAAAAGAUAAAAGCUGUUCAAAAUUCCUUAAGAAGCAGCGGAUAUAAUGAUGAACCUAUGCUUCGCUCUUGUGGAAUUACCAUUCAACCUAACCUUUCUGUGGUCGAGGGUCGUGUAUUGCGACCCCCAAAUCUUCUAGUUGGAAAGGACGAGGAAAUCAUUCCACAGAAUGGACGCUGGAAUUUCAACAAGAAGAGACUAUAUCACCCUGUGUCGAUUAAGAGUUGGGCCAUUGUGAACUUCUCAAGUGGGUAUGACACAUAUCAUCUGAAGGAAUUCAUUAAGAAGAAUGCUAGAGAAAAAGGGAUGGAUAUUAAAGCUCCAUACAAAAUAAUAUUUGAAGAGAAGAGUGACUUCAGGCAUAUACCAGCAGAAGUCAGGGUAGAGAAAAUGUAUGCUAAUGUUAUGGGCUCUAUGCCAGAACGUCCUCAGUUUCUGUUGUGUAUUCUUCCAGAGAGAAAGAAUUCUGAUCUUUAUGGUCCUUGGAAAAGGCGAUGUCUUGUUGAUGGAGGGGUUAUAACACAAUGUAUUGCACCAACAAAACCCCUGAACGAUCAGUACAUUACUAACGUACUCUUGAAGAUUAAUGCAAAGUUUGGCGGGGUGAAUUCUUUUCUGUCAACCGAGCGUUAUGAAUCCAUUCCUCAUGUUUCGACUGUGCCUACCUUAAUUCUUGGUAUGGAUGUUUCACAUGGAUCUCCUGGUCGAGCAGAUGUGCCCUCUAUAGCUGCGGUUGCGAGUUCAAGGUGUUGGCCACAAAUUACACGUUAUAGAGCUACAGUUCGUACUCAAUCAUCAAAAGUUGAGAUGAUCCAAUCUUUAUUCAAGCCUGUGGAUAAUACCCAGGACAAGGGUAUCAUCAGGGAAGUGCUUGAGGAAUUCACCGCUACUGCAAAUGGUCGUCGUAAGCCUGAACACAUCAUAAUUUUCAGGGAUGGAGUGAGUGAAUCACAGUUCAACCAGGUGCUCAACUUUGAAUUAAGUCAAAUCAUCGAGGCAUGCAAACAUUUUGAUGAAAAGUGGGAGCCGAAGUUCGCUCUGAUUGUUGCCCAGAAGAAUCAUCAUACUAGGUUCUUCUUGGCGGAUCCUCCACAAACACCUCAUCGUGGUCGACCUUCACCUGCACAACUGAAUGUUCAACCUGGUACCAUUAUUGACAAAAAUGUUUGUCAUCCCAGAAACAAUGACUUCUACUUGUGUGCUCAAGCUGGAAUGAUUGGGACAACUCGACCUACUCACUACCAUGUUUUGCAUGAUGAAAUCGGGUUCACAGCUGAUGAAAUACAGGAAUUAGUGCAUUCUCUAUCUUAUACGUAUCAGAGGAGCACAAGUGCUGUAUCAUUAGUUGCUCCCGUUUGCUAUGCCCACUUGGCAGCUGCUCAGAUGGCACAAUUUGUUAAGUUUGACGAACAUACUGAGACGUCUUCUUCCAGCCAUGGUGGAGUCACCUCUGCUGCUGCACCUCCAGUUCCUCAAUUACCACGCCUUCACCAUUCAGUCAGAAACUCCAUGUUCUUUUGUUAAAUAUUUUUCUUUAUCUUUCGUUCUAUAAAAACUUUUAAGCAGUUGAAUUACCAUACUCUGAUCAAGUGUUUAGACUUUGUUAGGCUCCUUUUUGUCACAAAUUUUAAUACA